CUGACGCCCGACGGGGAGUGCGCUGGGCGGGCAUGGGCGAUAUGAGCACCGGGGCGCUUAAAUCUUUUAUCUGAAGAAUGGCCGCUUCGGUGAUAACAGGAUUGGCGUAUCCCCACUAGCUCCUGGCCCAUAUUCCCGAAGAAAACGUUAUUUGCAUCGCUCAAGAAGAAUUAAGGGGGGCUCUGUUCUCUACAGCCGGUUUCCGCUGCGCGCAAUCACAGCUCCAGGACCAGCGGUGGAGUCGGUGCGCUCUGGCAGAAAGCAUCCAGCCACCCUCUCUGUGGGCUCAGACAGCAGUCAGUGCUGCUCUCAAUGCCUCCAAGCAUCAGCUAUCGGCCGUCAUUAGCGAAAUCCCUCGCAAUGAAACCGCUAUAAUCCAGCCUGCCUUUUCUUUUUAGUUUCACUCUUUACUUAUUUCACAUCGGGAGUAGAAAAAGAAGAAAACCCACGCGAGAAACGCUCUCCAUCUGUAAGUUUUCGUGUGUGUGUGUCGCACUGGAGGGGAGGAAGCGAUGGCAGCCCCGGUGAAAGCAGCGUUGGCUCUCCUGGUUCUCACCGUGGCAACUGCCUUGUGUGCGGAGGUUGAGGAGCGACUGGUGGGUCACCUGUUGUCACCAGACCGCUACAACAAGCUGAUCAGACCAGCUGUUAACAACAGCCAGCAGGUCACCAUUUACAUCCAGGUGUCUCUGGCCCAGCUGAUUAACGUGAAUGAGAGGGAGCAGAUCAUGACCACCAACUGCUGGCUCAGUCAGGUAUGGCAUGACUACAGAUUAAUGUGGGACCCUGAAGCGUACGAGGGAAUCAAGAAAAUCCGUCUCCCGUCACAACACAUCUGGCUGCCGGACAUCGUCCUCUACAACAAUGCUGAUGGGACAUAUGAAGUCUCCUUCUACUCCAAUGCCGUGGUCUCCAACAAUGGCGAGGUGGCCUGGCUCCCACCGGCUAUCUACAAGUCGGCCUGUAAAAUCGAAGUCCGUGAUUUCCCUUUUGACCAGCAGAACUGUACCCUCAAGUUUCGCUCCUGGACCUAUGACCACACUGAGAUUGAUCUCAUCCUCCUCAGUGAUUUCGCCUCACGCGACGACUUCAAACCCAGCGGUGAGUGGGAUAUUGUUUCACUGCCUGGACGCAAGAACGAAGAUCCUAAUGACAUCAGGUACCUGGAUAUCACCUAUGACUUUAUUAUCAAGAGAAAACCUCUCUUCUACACCAUCAACCUGAUCAUUCCCUGCAUCCUGAUAACGUCGCUGGCUAUUCUGGUGUUCUACCUCCCAUCAGACUGUGGUGAGAAGAUGACUCUUUGUAUCUCUGUCCUCUUGGCCCUGACUGUGUUUUUACUCCUUAUCUCAAAGAUUGUGCCACCCACUUCUUUAGCAGUGCCUCUAAUAGGAAAGUACCUGAUGUUUUCAAUGGUGCUGGUCACCUUCUCCAUCGUCACCAGCGUUUGCGUGCUCAACGUCCACCAUCGGUCCCCAAGUACGCACACCAUGCCUCCUUGGGUCAAGCGCAUCUUCCUGUACCGGCUCCCCUCUUACCUCUUCAUGCGGAGACCCGGUAGCUCAAACAUCCGCGAGAAGUUCCGCAAAAAACACCAGCAGCGAUCAUACUCUGACCAAAGGCUGUGUGGAGCGGACGGAGGAACAGGAAGUCCUGCAGGAAUGGCAGAUUGCUCUUCAUCCUUCUUUGUGAAUGAGGAGUCGGCCAAACGUUACGGAUGGAAGAUCAGCGACUUGUCAGAGAACACAGAGUUCAGGAAGAGGAUGACGCUCAAAUGCAACAUUGACACAGAGGAUGCGGUGGAUGGCGUGCGCUACAUCGCUGAGAAGAUGAAGAGCGAGGAUAAUGAUGAAGGGAUCAUUGAAGACUGGAAGUACGUGGCCAUGGUGAUCGACCGUCUCUUCCUGUGGAUCUUUGUGUUUGUGUGUGUCGUCGGGACGCUGGGCCUCUUCAUGCAGCCUCUGUUCCAGAGUUACAACACCCCCAUUAUUGAUUAGAUGGACUGCAAAGAAAAGCUGAAACGUCCUCAUGAACUUUGAUUGCCCCCUAGGAACAGAGCUCUGAUUUUAACAUAUGUACUCACAUGUCCGCCUGGCACCGCACGAUCACUUGGAAAUCUAUAAUGAUGCCCUUCCUUACUUCAACCUGUUGUCCCCUUCCUCCUCUACGUGUCCUGCCAUCCUCUGCUCCACUCAUUUGUCACCAACUGGGAUCUAAUUAUUUUAGUUAAUUAAUGGAUAACUCUGGUUUAUAAAAACUUGGGUCACAUUUUCACAGUGUGGCCAUCAUUCAGUGGACAGUGAUGGUGGAGAUCAUACUGUUACUGGAGCUCUGGGAACACUGAGGCUACACAGUUAUCACUUGGUUACCAGCACACCCCUAAAACCUUGGGAUAGACAAACUAAUUUGGAUGACAAAACUAAGACAAACAGUACAUUUACAACCUAAAACGUCUGUUGUAACAUAAAUCACAGUUUACAGAUCGAUUUUACGGCUGCACAUUUACCUAACUUACCCAGUUGUACGUGCACACUGCAAACACUUUUGAUGUGUUCAAUAAUAUAAUAAUCAAAAGAAGCUUUAGACAAAGCUAUGAAAACAAGACCCAAUUUAUAAUAAACCUGAAUUAUCUUUCAAUUCAAAACAUGAAGUUAAACCACCAUUCAGCCAUGAUGCUCUUUCUUUGAGAUUAAUAUAAAUCCACAGUCUCCAAUUAUUGAAAUGUAGCUGUAUUACCUUAAACCGUGUUGACCCCUACUACUGUUCACAAAGGUUUUUCUUGCCAACAGCAUCUCAGGACUUUUUCUGUUUUGAACAGACUUGGUUUUGCUCUUAUUUCUCUGUGUCUAAAUCAAAUUCUAAUGUCGCAAACAUGACGUUAUUGGGGAUAUUUUGUUGACUUCAAAAAGCCCAUGAUCCCAAAGAUUAACAAGGCCACAGAAACUCACAAGAAGACUCAUUUUGGAGAUACCGGCCUCACGUCGCCAAUGCAUCCCCUGCAGAGGAGAAGAUGAAUCCCUUCUGUGUACAUAUUUGGAAGAGGAUCAUCUCACUGUGUCUUUUUGCCAACAGCACACAUACUGUUUAAAUUUCUAAUGUUUGCCUUAAAAAUGAGAGCGAGUGGGGACACAGAAAACUGUUGGACUGCUCAAAUAAUAAUGGAUGAGUGUGUACGGGGGUGACCAGCCUGUUUUUAUCCUCAAACACACCUCCCUGUGUGAACUGAUAAUACUGAUAAUAAUACUGAUCAAAUGUAUGACAAGCUGCUGUUGUGAUGUUCUAAUAAAGCAGCCAUGUUUAAAAUGAAGACGGGACAUUACAAUAGAGCUAAAAAAAAAAGGCAAAAUGCUUGUCUCAUCAAAGCAGUGCUCGUCAGCAUCCAACACCAAGGAAACCAGCAGCAAUAAUAUUGUACAGUAUUUUAUACACACAGACCUGGGCAAAACUUAGCCAAACAGCCCAGCUCUUCACUUGCUUCAUCUUCCAACAUAUUGUAUGCUUGAUUAUCGCAGUCUGCUCUCAGAGACGUUACUUGAAUUUGUGUCAAAAAAUGAUUUCUAAAAGGUUGUCACCGUCAUAACACAUGUGUGUCACUGCUACCAACGCUAGCCAAGGAACAGGUGUACUGUAGGCCUACUAAUCCAGUUGUAUUGAUUUCUUUCAUCUUUGAUUUUUUUUCAGUGGAUGGAAUGAAACAUACUUUUUUUUCCUAUUUCGUCCCACUGGCCAGUCAUGUUGUUGAGUUGUGUCUGUCUAGACAAUAAUUGCUGAGAACUACAGGAAGGGACUGUGAUGGGAGCUGAUGUCUUGAUAACUGGAUCAA